AUGAAUGGGCAUGGGACUGAAGUUCAAACCGAGCGCACAUCUCCUCCGGCUGCUCCAUUCGGAUACUCUUGGCUCUCCCCUAUGGAUACUCCUUUUGAACAAGCGCCUGCUCUCCCUCCAGGGCCCUCUCUUCUUGAUGAUAAUGAAUCCAAUAUGCUCGAUAACUUUUUUACUACCAUGAACGCGAACCACUUUACGAAUGACUUUUGGAUGCGACAAGAACAUAAACAUGGCGUUCCGAACUUUGACUGGUCAGCUGAGCUGCCACCCAACUUUGAGGGCUCGACCACCUCUUUAUCACAGCCUUCAUUCCAGCAACAUGGAAUGGGCAAGUCAGCUGGUGGGAUGAUAGCAGGCAACCCUACAAGCUCGGAUAUAUUCGCUGCUGCGUCAAUGCUCUACCAGAGUGGCUUAAACGGGUCAGAGGUAGGGCCUUCGUUAGCACAUCAGGCUUUCGCGGGACACUCUCUUCCAACCACUGGGACACAACCAUUGAAUAGCCAUCAUACUGCCAAUCCUGCACAGGUUUCAACUUCAUCUCCACCCCGGGCUGAUGUCCCGACUGGAUAUCAUACCUCGGAGAUGUUCUUUGACGUACGUGACCCCAUUCCUGUGGACCAACAUCCAUCAAGGAAGACCCGCAGCUUGCGCUGGGGUUCAGAUGCUAGUUUCAUGGAUCAAGGGUAUCUUCGUCCUCCUGACCAGCCCGAUGAGGAACAACGGACGAAUGACCUGCUCGAUCAUCUCCAUUGUUUUGAGCCGCAAAGCAGUGCCGCAAACACACGAGCGCCCAGCCCCGAGCACAUGAUAGGAGCUCCUCCUCAGCGGCCCUUGUUCCGAGGUGGUGCUGUCCCAGAUGAAGCCUCACAGUCUCGAAAACGGCAACGAGCCCUGAAGGAGGAAGGGGACCAAUACUCUGAUGACGAUGACGCUAGACCUCAGUCAAGAAAGUCCAGAGGUUCCAUUGUCAAAGGCCGACGAGUAUCGACGGAUAUAUCUCGAAAACCCCGACUACAUCCAGGGUCCAAAGCUGCACGAGAAAAUCUUACAGAAGAGCAGAAGAGGACCAACCACAUUCUCUCGGAGCAGAAGCGCCGGAACCUCAUCCGUCAAGGCUUUGAGGACUUGUGCACGCUGGUGCCUGCACUCAGAGGUGGCGGGUUUAGCAAAAGUGCCAUGCUCACUGGAGCCGCUGACUGGCUUGAAGACCUACUCCAGGGCAAUGACAUCCUCCAAAAUCAACUCCGUGAUUUAAAGGGCAUCAAUGGCUUGAUGAUGCCACGAUGA